AUCUGCUUGUUUGGCAGUAUCUGAAAUAUUUACCAUCUAAUAUUGUUUAUUGAAAAUACGGUAAACCUACUUAAUUCAUCGCCUACCUUUUCCACCAGAUUCGACGCCGUAACAUUGGUUGUCGCCCGCUUGGGCUAAGAGAGAGCCUUUGGCAGUCGUCACGAACAACGAUCAUUAAGAAUGUCAUACAACCCUUAUGGAGGUAACCCGUAUGGUGCACCCCCAGGAUAUGGAUAUGGUAACCCUCCACCAGGUAUUGGAGGUGCGCCGCCAGGAAUGAGCGCCCCUCCAGGCAUGGCUGCUCCUGGGAUGGGAGCACCGCCUGGCAUGCAUCAAGCCAACGCUGCACAUGGCGGGCGACCUGGGCCUGGCUUCCAGCCACCAAACAUGCCGAACAUCAACUUCAACGCGCCCGUUAUUCGACUAGGAACAACAAAUGGCCCGAGUGGAAGUAGAGGCGACAGCAACCGAGACGAGAGAUCACAACAUUCAGGUUCCCGCCCUGGUCUUGGUGCGGAUAGAGACCAAGGCGGCGGUCGUUCACAUGGCCGUGAGGCCGUCCCAACACUCAUUCCGCCUACACCUGACGAGAAGCAGCGAACGAUGUUUAUCAACAACAUCCCCGAAGGAUUUGGAAGCGAUGCGAACAUAGAGAAGUUUUUGGGUGUCUUUGGAAAUCUCAAGAGAUGGGAGUCAGUUGGCAGCGUUUUGCCCAGCUACAAGGGUACGAAGUUUGGAUUUGCUGUAUUCGAAUUCGAAGAACCCUUUGAUUUGGCCGUCCGUCUUCUUGUAGAGGAGGAAGUUUCGAUCCCAGUCAAGCGUCAACCCGGAACCGCUGAAACCCCAUCCGAUGAUCAGUUUGAAGGCAUUGAAAAGCGCAAACUCGAGGCUUACAUUGAUCCGAUUGCACAGAAGUCAUUAGAUGCUUAUAGAGAAGCCAAGGAUGAUGGUCUGGAAUCCGCCAUGGAAGCCAUACGUGAUCGUCUACAACAAGCGGUGCGAGGAUUAUUUUACCCGUCAGUCGAAGCAAGCAGAGAGGAAGAUGUUGCCAUGGCGAACGCCGAGAACGGGGAGAAUGUUGAAGUUGUUAACAUCCCGCUUGCUCAGGAUGAUGAGCUAGCUGAUAUUCCUGCUGAAAUGCGCGAGAUUGUUGCCAAAGAGAUUGCAGCUUUCCGUGAUAGAAGUACGCAGCGCGACCUCGAGCGUCUUCGUAAGGAGGAAGAAAUGGAAGAAAUUGAAAGGCAGCGAAGCGGAGCAGGUAGAAAAAGAGAACCCCCAGUCUCAGCGACAAGCAAUAUCCCGUCUGGGCCAAGGGUGGCCACAUCAGCUGGCUCAAACGCUCGGAAUGGUUCCAUUGGAUUUGUCAACGGUGGCACUGAGAGCAAUGGCGUUUCUAGUAGGAGAGAUGAUGAUCAUCUGGCUAUUGAUGACGAAGAGCUCAACAAAAAGAACCUUGAAGCAGAAAAGUAUGAAGCAGAGAAGGCCUACAACGAAGCUGAACGAAAAUGGAGCAACCGUGAACGGUCACGCCAAGCAGCUUUAGAGCGCGAGCGCGAUAGAGAGAGACAUGGCGCUGAAAUGGACAGCCACCGGAUUGAAGAGCAGCUGGAAAGAGAAAAGGAAUGGAACGACGAUAUCGAGAUAAGCAAACAGUCGCACAUGUACUAUAGAGAUCACUCGGCAUGGCUGAGAAAACGAGCCAUCGACAAAGCAGAUGAGGAAGCAAGGGACGAUGCUGAUCGACGUGCAGAACAUGAUGAACGCCGCCGCCGAGAUGCACAGAUGGAGAGGGCUAAGGGUAUGGCAGACUCCUUCUUGGACCAGCAAGCUCAGGAGAUGCAAGAGCGUGAAACACCCGCUCCAGUGGCGGCAGCCGCACCACAACCCUUCAAACUUUCUCUUGGAGCAGCAGCACAGAAGGCUGCAUCCCGCGCCGGACCCCAGAGGCGCACCAUUGCAGAGGUGGAAGGUCUCUUGGACAAUGAGGAGGACCAGACCAAGACUCGUCGCCAGCUUAUUCCUAUUGAGUACGAUGCCAGCACAGCAGCUGCAGGCAUGACAGAAGAAGAGAUUGCUGAAGCGGUGCGCAAUCUUGCCCAAGAAAUUCCCUCUGAUAAAGACGGACUGUGGGCGUGGCAGGUCAAAUGGGACUACAUGGAUGAAUCGGUGGUGCGCGACAAGCUGCGUCCGUUUGUGGAGAAGAAGAUUGUAGAGUACUUGGGUGUGCAGGAAGAGAUGCUCGUGGAGGCGGUAGAGGAGCACUUGCGUAAGCAUGGAGGAGCUGCGGAGCUUGUUGAGGAACUGGAGGGAGCCCUCGAUGAUGAAGCCGAAGAUUUGGUAAAGAAGCUUUGGCGCAUGGUUAUUUUCUUCACAGAGAGCGAGAAAAGAGGACUACCUGCAUAGUGUAAAUUAUAGGAGUUGGCAAGUAUUUGUAUAAUGGGAUAUGAUGAAAUCUACUAUCUUGGACAA